CCGGGCUGGGCUGUGCCGGGCUGGGCUGUGCCGGGCUGGGCUGGACCGGCCGCCCCUUCUCCUCGUCAGCCACCGGAGCUCGCCGAGUUGGUGCCGUUCCCCCGGGCGGCACUUUCCCCCCGCCCCGGGGCUGAGCAGCCGCCGCUGCCCGGGACCCCCAUGGCACCGCCGCGAUGUUCGUGUCCCGGCUCCUGGAUUUCCAGAAGACGCGCUACGCCAGGUUCAUGAAUCACCGUGUCCCGUCCAACUGCAGGUACCAGCCCACGGAAUAUGAGCAUGCAGCCAACUGUGCCACCCACGCUUUCUGGAUCCUGCCCAGCAUCCUCGGCAGCUCCAUCCUCUACAUCCUCUCUGAUGACCGGUGGGAAACCAUCUCAGCCUGGAUCUAUGGCUCUGGCUUGUCCAGCCUCUUCAUUGUCUCCACCAUCUUCCACACCAUCUCCUGGAAGAAGAGGCAUCUCAGGACUGUGGAGCAUUGCCUACACAUGUUUGACAGGAUGGUGAUCUACUUCUUCAUCGCCGCCUCCUACGCUCCCUGGUUGAACCUGAGGGAGUUGGGUCCCUGGGCCUCCCACAUGCGCUGGAUCAUCUGGAUCAUGGCGUCCAUCGGGACCAUCUACGUUUUCUUCUUCCACGAGCGGUACAAGCUGGUGGAGCUGGUGUGCUACGUUAUCAUGGGCUUCUUCCCUGCCUUGGUCAUCCUCUCCAUGCCCAACAGGGACGGCCUCCUGGAGCUGGUGGCUGGUGGCUUCUUCUACUGCCUGGGCAUGGUGUUCUUCAAGAGCGACGGCCGCAUCCCCUUCGCCCACGCCAUCUGGCACCUCUUCGUGGCCAUGGGAGCUGGCAUCCACUACUAUGCCAUCUGGAGGUACCUGUACCGGCCCGGAGCGCUGGACACCAAAACCUCCCGGUAGAAGCCUUAAAGACAUUGUCUGUGCCACCUGGCACGUGGGGACACAGAGGGACGUG